AAGAGACCGAUUUGGAAGAUAGCGAGGAGGAGGAGAGGCAGCAGGAAACCCAGCCCACCCUUUGGCUUCCUCCUGCCUCCUUCUAAAACCUGCAGAUUUCUCCAGCCCGUCCAAGCGCCUGAAGUUUCCUCAGCCCUGCGGCCAGGACUGCGAGGGUUUGCUGAAAGAUGAGGGCCUGGAUUUUUUUCCUUCUCUGCCUGGCAGGCAAAGCCCUGGCAGCUCCGCAGGAGGCUCUGCCUGAUGAGACAGAGGUCAUUGAAGAGGAGCCCGUGGGGACUAACCCCGUCCAGGUGGAGGUGGGAGAGUUCGAGGAACCCACAGAAGAUGUAGAGGAGAUUGUGGCAGAGAACCCCUGCCAGAACCACCACUGCAAGCACGGCAAGGUUUGUGAGGUGGAUGACAACAACUCACCCAUGUGUGUGUGCCAGGACCCCUCCAGUUGCCCAGCCACCGCUGCCGUCUUUGAGAAGGUCUGCGGCACUGACAACAAGACCUAUGACUCCUCCUGCCAUUUCUUUGCCACCAAGUGCACCCUGGAGGGAACCAAGAAGGGACACAAGCUGCACCUGGACUACAUUGGGCCUUGCAAAUUCAUCCCUGCCUGCCUGGACACAGAGCUGACCGAGUUCCCCCUGCGCAUGCGGGACUGGCUCAAGAACGUGCUGAUCACUCUGUACGAGCGUGAUGAGGACAACAACCUGCUGACAGAGAAGCAGAAGCUCAAGGUGAAGAAGAUCCAUGAGAACGAGAAGCGCCUGGAGGCUGGUGACCACACCGUGGAGCUGCUGGCCCGUGACUUUGAGAAGAACUACAACAUGUACAUCUUCCCUGUGCACUGGCAGUUCGGGCAGCUGGACCAGCACCCCAUUGAUGGGUACCUGUCCCACACUGAGCUGGCCCCACUCCGUGCCCCCCUCAUCCCCAUGGAGCACUGCACCACCCGCUUCUUUGAGGCCUGUGACCUGGACAACGACAAGUACAUCGCCCUGGAGGAGUGGGCCAGCUGCUUCGGCAUUAAGGAGCAGGACAUAGACAAGGAUCUCGUGAUCUAAUCCCUCAGCUUCUUUCUCUGCUGCCAACUUUGUCUUGUUUUAACCUUCCCACUUCCUUCGGUUUUUGAACUGCUUUUGUUUUGGUUUGUUUUUUUUCCCCUGGGAACAAGGUGCUAAUAUAGAUCUAAACGUAUGUAGUAACGGUGCUAAGAGAAGUAAAAGUCCUUGAUCAUAGCCUAAUCUAUUACCACUAGAUUACUCACUCAGCUGUUUCCACAUGAUCUUACCAACCCUUUCUCUCUCCAACGUGGCUUUACUGUGUACUGACCCUGUUCCUGUCCCAAAUAUCUGCUCCAUCUUGGUAUCCACUCUCGGAUCAACUCCUCUUAACUUCCUACUAACAAACAGCACGUUCUUGGACACGUCAGCACAGACACAAAGAGCUCUCAGCUGAUUCACCACCCUGGUCACCAACCGUCAGCGAUGGAAGGCAGAGCCAGAGGAUGUAGGAGGACUGGGAUUUUCAACCAGAGCAGCUAGGGGUGACACAGUGGUCACCCAGCUCAUGUUAGGGGGGAUGGAGAGAGGGUGAGGAAGACAUAGGGUGUGUUUCCCUUUUUGUGUUGUUUUUUGUUGUUGGGUUGUUUCAUUUUUUUCAUUCCCAGGGCUUGAAUUUGACAAUCAUUGGGUGUAAAAACGAAGGGCUAAUCAAGCAAACAAAUAGGAAAGCACACGAAAUUGAAAACAAAUAAAACGAAACGCAUCCCAUCCUGUAAAAUCCCCUUGAAAAAUAAAGGUUUGAAAGUGCUA